CGUCAGUCUCUCCUCCGACCCGUCAGGCGCCGCUUCUCCUCCGCGCGGCCUUCGCUGAGGGAGCCGAGCGGCCGGCGGGACACGCGUCGAGGGCUGGCUGUGCUGCGGGGACGUGACACGCGUCAUGAGAAUUUUUGCCAUGUUUUGGAAUGUGGGUCCUUGGAAAUGUGUCUUGCCCCUACAGCUUUGCCUGCUGGGUUUUGCAUGCUCUGUGUGGGCCAGCUCAGGAGCCUUGCCACAGACUUCUAUCACAGCAGAUUCCUUCCUGCAAGACCUCUUCCUCCGGUAUGGCAAACAUGACAAGCUCACUUUGCAGCAGCUCAAGUCCCUGUUGAAUCGCCUUGAUGUGGGAGUUGGAAGGAACAACAUUAGUCGCACAGAGCAGCAGCGUAGAAACAUCUCCUGGUGCUUCAGUUCCUCAGAGCUCUUUUCAACCCACAAUCUGAGUGAAGACUCCAGCCUUGGCAAGAGUGAAUUCCGAGAGUUCUGCCCAACCAUCCUGCAGCAGCUGGAGUCAAGGGCAUGCACGUCUGAGAACCUGGAAAAUGAGGAAGAUGAGAGGACAGAGGAGGGGAAGCCCAGUUCCUCAGAAGUCUGGGGCUUUGGAUUUCUCAGUGUUUCACUGAUUAACCUGGCCUCCCUACUUGGCGUCUUCAUCGUGCCCUGCACCAAGAAGGUCUUUUUCACCCGAAUCCUAACGUAUUUCAUCGCGCUCUCCAUCGGGACAUUGUUCUCUAACGCACUGUUCCAGCUGAUCCCAGAGGCCUUUGGAUUCAAUCCUCGGGAAGAUGAUUAUGUCUCCAAAUCUGCUGUUGUCUUUGGGGGCUUUUACUUGUUCUUUUUCACAGAGAAAAUAUUGAAGAUGCUUCUCAAGCAGAAAGACACGAGUCAUCAUGGGCACAGCCACUACAGCACUGAGACCCUUCCUUCCAAAAAAGACCAAGAGGAGGGGGUCACUGAAAAACUGCAGAAUGGUGACUUGGAUCACAUAAUCCCUAACAAGAAUAGUGACCUGGAAUGCAAGAAUCCAUCUGUUGAUGAGAAGAUUGUUGGCUCCUUGUCUGUUCAGGACCUCCAGGCUUCUCAAAGCACUUGCUAUUGGCUGAAGGGCGUGCGCUACUCUGACAUUGGCACCUUGGCUUGGAUGAUCACCCUGAGUGACGGCCUCCACAAUUUCAUUGACGGCUUGGCCAUUGGUGCCUCCUUCACUGUGUCCGUCUUUCAGGGGAUAAGCACUUCUGUGGCCAUUCUCUGUGAAGAAUUUCCUCAUGAGCUAGGUGACUUUGUCAUUCUGCUGAAUUCUGGAAUGUCCAUCCAGCAAGCGCUGUUCUUCAACUUCAUCUCUGCUUGCUGCUGCUAUGUGGGACUAGCCUUUGGGAUAUUGGCGGGCAGCCACUUCUCUGCCAACUGGAUCUUUGCUUUAGCUGGUGGAAUGUUUCUCUACAUUGCAUUGGCUGAUAUGUUCCCAGAGAUGAAUGAAGUCAGCCGAGAGGAUGAAAGGAGUGGUGGUGCUCUGAUUGCCUUUGCCAUCCAGAACGCAGGACUGCUGACAGGAUUCACCAUCAUGGUGCUGCUUACCAUGUACUCGGGUCAAAUCCAGCUUGGAUAGAGACAUGCAUCUUACUAAUGGAAGGUGUAUGGACUGUGUAAAGCACAGAAUCUUCUCCAAAAAUUACAAAAAGAGGCACUUUGAUUAAGCCUGCUUCAUGGAUUCCUUCCUGGUUGACUUGCAGUGACUGAUGAAACUCCCCACUGUUGGGUUAAGUGACCUAAGGACCACUUUAUUGUGCCGCAACAGCAUUCCCUCCUUCAUCUUCUGAAGAACUCUGGAGGUGGAGGAAAGCUUCUAGCUUCUUUUUACCUCCUUAGGGGACUCAACCAGAGGGGUUCAAAUACCCCAUCAUUCUUGGGCUGACAACAGACUGCUGUGUACACAGGUCUGUGGCAGUGUGGUUUUGAUAGCAGAGAGCUCUUCCCACCUCCACAUGCCCAAAUUGCUUGAAGUUAGUAGAUUAGAGUUUUAAAUGGAGUAUUGAUGCUUAGUCAAUUGGUUAGUUGGUUAGGUUUAAAAGAUGGCUCAAUUUUAAAAAGGGUAAUAUGGCUCCAGACUUCAGAU